UCAAACCAACUCACAAUGAGUAAAAUACUUACACUGGUCGUGUUUGUGAUUUUCUGCUACCAAUUGGUAGAAAGUAUGCCAAACCGAUUUGGUAGAAAACACGAAGUUUGCAGUGAUUAUUUGGGACACGAAUCGGGCUCGAAAUUUAGACCGUAUGGCACCGGGUCAUUAGAAGAUGCAGAAACUGGAUCUGAAUCGCGGUUGAACAAUUACGGUCAAUAUCGCACUAGGUCAGCAACAGAAGACAAGGCAGGAUCAAGAUAUUGGGAAAAUGGUCAUCGUUAUCACGGUGCUCGAUCAUUGGCGCCAGCAAAAACAGGAUAUAGAUCAUUGUACAACAGGCACGGUGAUCAUGGUGCUGCAUCAUCAGCGUCUACAGCCACAAGCUCUAGAUCGUUGACUCAUAGUCACGGUAAUAAUGGCGUGGGAUCGUCAGGAUCACGAACAGCAGUACCAAAAUAUUCGUUCAAUAAUUACGGUAAUUAUGAAGACAGGUCAUUAGCAGAAGCUGAAUCUGAAUCUACAUUAAGCUAUAACAAUGAUAAUAGUGGCGAAUCAUCGACGAAAUCAGAAGCAGGAUCUAGAUCUUUGUUGAACAGUUACGGUGAUAAUAGCGACGGUUCAUUGAUAUCAACAACCACUAAUUCAGAUGAAAAAUAUGUAUCUCUGUCAGAUACUAAUGGUGAAAACCAUGACGGUUCAACAUCGUCAAAAACUGGGAAAACACUGUCACACAGUGAUAGUUAUAAUGAUGCUGGGUCAUCACGGUCAAUGGGAAAAAGAUCUCGCCAUUCCUCGAACCACCAUGGUCAUCAUCGCAUCAGGUCAUCAACGCCAGGAGUAGGAAGAUCUAGAUCUUCGUUCAACCGUUAUGGAAAUAACGAUGCUGAGUUAUCACAGUUAGAAGAAGCUCGAUUUAGAUAUUUGAGAAAUGGUUACGGUCAUCAUCGUACUAGGAAUUACGACGGUCGCUCGUUGGCUGAAGGAAGAUCGAGGUAUUCCGCGAAGGGUUUCCACGAUGAUAACCACAAGUCAUCAGACAAUUCAAAAUUGGGAUAUGGAUCGUCGUUUAACAGUUACGGUGAGAAUCGUGGCGAGUUAUCAUCGGCAGAAAAUGCAGAAUCUGGAUCUUUGUUGAACGGUCACUAUGAUGAUAAUAAUGCAGAAUCAGUGAAUUCAGAAACAGAAUCCAAAUAUUCGUCGAAUAGUUACGGUGAUAACCGUGACAGAUCAUCGCUAUCAAUGGACACUGAAUCUGAAUCUAAAUCUCGAUCUGAGUCUCUGAUAUUGGAUGGUAACGAUAUUAAUGGUGACAGUUCGUCUCGAAAUAAUGCUGACGAUGAAAACGAUGCUGCGUCAUCAUCAUCGACAACAACGGUGUCUGGAUCUGGUAGUAAUGGAGAUGAGGGUGAUAAUUCAUCAUCGGCGGCACGAUUAGAAUCCGAAUCUUCAGUUAGCACUUCCGGUGAUGACAGUGGUAAGUCAUCAACAUCAACAACAAGUGAAUACGUAUCUUCAUCGAACGUUCACGAUGCAAACCAUGAUGUCUCAUCAACAUCAGCAACAACGGAAUCUGAAGUUUCACCUACAAGUAAAGGUCAUAAGGGUGACACGUCAUCAAUGCCAAACAAAGAACCUGAUCCGCGGUCCAAUGAUGACCGGCAUAAAGGCAGCAAGUCAUCAGUGUCGACGCAGGCGGAAUCGACGUCUUCAUCCGACGCUUCCAGUAAUAAAAGCGGUGACUUGUCAACAUCGACAACUACGGCAUCUGGAUCUUUAUCUGGUGAUAACGGUUAUGAGGGUGACCAAUCGUCAGCGACGAGACAGUCAGAAUCCAAGUCUUCAUCUGAUACUUACGUUGGUGAUGGCGGAAAAUCAUCAACACCAACAAAAACUCAAUCCAGAUGUUCGUCGAACGUUGCAAAUGCAAAUAAAGUUAUGUCAUCUGGUGGUAACGGUUAUGAGGGUGACUAUUCGUCAGCGACAACACAGUCAAAAGUAGUCUCUUUAUCGGGAACUGGCGGUAGUAAGAGUGAUCACUCAUCAACAUCGGCAUCAACGGCAUCUGAAUCUUCAUCUAGUAGUGACGGUCAUGAAGGUGACUAUUCGUCAGCGACAACACAGCCAAAAGCAGUCUCUUUAUCGGGAACUGGCGGUAGUAAGGGUGAUCACUCAUCAACAUCGGCAUCAACGGCAUCUGAAUCUUCAUCUAGUAGUGACGGUCAUGAAGGUGACUAUUCGUCAGCGACAACACAGUCAAAAGUAGUCUCUUUAUCGGGAACUGGCGGUAGUAAGAGUGAUCACUCAUCAACAUCGGCAUCAACGGCAUCUGAAUCUUCAUCUAGUAGUGACGGUCAUGAAGGUGACUAUUCGUCAGCGACAACACAGCCAAAAGCAGUCUCUUUAUCGGAAACUGGCGGUAGUAAGGGUGAUCACUCAUCAACAUCGGCAUCAACGGCAUCUGAAUCUUCAUCUAGUAGUGACGGUCAUGAAGGUGACUAUUCGUCAGCGACAACACAGUCAAAAGUAGUCUCUUUAUCGGGAACUGGCGGUAGUAAGAGUGAUCACUCAUCAACAUCGGCAUCAACGGCAUCUGAAUCUUCAUCUAGUAGUGACGGUCAUGAAGGUGACUAUUCGUCAGCGACAACACAGCCAAAAGCAGUCUCUUUAUCGGGAACUGGCGGUAGUAAGAGUGAUCACUCAUCAACAUCGGCAUCAACGGCAUCUGAAUCUUCAUCUAGUAGUGACGGUCAUGAAGGUGACUAUUCGUCAGCGACAACACAGUCAAAAGUAGUCUCUUUAUCGGGAACUGGCGGUAGUAAGAGUGAUCACUCAUCAACAUCGGCAUCAACGGCAUCUGAAUCUUCAUCUAGUAGUGACGGUCAUGAAGGUGACUAUUCGUCAGCGACAACACAGCCAAAAGCAGUCUCUUUAUCGGGAACUGGCGGUAGUAAGGGUGAUCACUCAUCAACAUCGGCAUCAACGGCAUCUGAAUCUUCAUCUAGUAGUGACGGUCAUGAAGGUGACUAUUCGUCAGCGACAACACAGUCAAAAGUAGUCUCUUUAUCGGGAACUGGCGGUAGUAAGAGUGAUCACUCAUCAACAUCGGCAUCAACGGCAUCUGAAUCUUCAUCUAGUAAAGACGGUCAUGAAGGUGACUAUUCGUCAGCGACAACACAGUCAAAAGUAGUCUCUUUAUCGGGAACUGGCGGUAGUAAGAGUGAUCACUCAUCAACAUCGGCAUCAACGGCAUCUGAAUCUUCAUCUAGUAGUGACGGUCAUGAAGGUGACUAUUCGUCAGCGACAACACAGCCAAAAGCAGUCUCUUUAUCGGGAACUGGCGGUAGUAAGGGUGAUCACUCAUCAACAUCGGCAUCAACGGCAUCUGAAUCUUCAUCUAGUAGUGACGGUCAUGAAGGUGACUAUUCGUCAGCGACAACACAGUCAAAAGUAGUCUCUUUAUCGGGAACUGGCGGUAGUAAGAGUGAUCACUCAUCAACAUCGGCAUCAACGGCAUCUGAAUCUUCAUCUAGUAGUGACGGUCAUGAAGGUGACUAUUCGUCAGCGACAACACAGCCAAAAGCAGUCUCUUUAUCGGGAACUGGCGGUAGUAAGGGUGAUCACUCAUCAACAUCGGCAUCAACGGCAUCUGAAUCUUCAUCUAGUAGUGACGGUCAUGAAGGUGACUAUUCGUCAGCGACAACACAGCCAAAAGCAGUCUCUUUAUCGGGAACUGGCGGUAGUAAGGGUGAUCACUCAUCAACAUCGGCAUCAACGGCAUCUGAAUCUUCAUCUAGUAGUGACGGUCAUGAAGGUGACUAUUCGUCAGCGACAACACAGCCAAAAGCAGUCUCUUUAUCGGGAACUGGCGGUAGUAAGGGUGAUCACUCAUCAACAUCGGCAUCAACGGCAUCUGAAUCUUCAUCUAGUAGUGACGGUCAUGAAGGUGACUAUUCGUCAGCGACAACACAGUCAAAAGUAGUCUCUUUAUCGGGAACUGGCGGUAGUAAGAGUGAUCACUCAUCAACAUCGGCAUCAACGGCAUCUGAAUCUUCAUCUAGUAGUGACGGUCAUGAAGGUGACUAUUCGUCAGCGACAACACAGCCAAAAGCAGUCUCUUUAUCGGGAACUGGCGGUAGUAAGAGUGAUCACUCAUCAACAUCGGCAUCAACGGCAUCUGAAUCUUCAUCUAGUAGUGACGGUCAUGAAGGUGACUAUUCGUCAGCGACAACACAGUCAAAAGUAGUCUCUUUAUCGGGAACUGGCGGUAGUAAGAGUGAUCACUCAUCAACAUCGGCAUCAACGGCAUCUGAAUCUUCAUCUAGUAGUGACGGUCAUGAAGGUGACUAUUCGUCAGCGACAACACAGUCAAAAGCAGUCUCUUUAUCGGGAACUGGCGGUAGUAAGGGUGAUCACUCAUCAACAUCGGCAAAAAGCGAAUCCGCAUCUUUGUCGAACGUCCGCGAUGCAAACCAUGCUGUGCCAUCAUCGUCAACAACAUCGAAAGUUGGAGUUUCACCUGCAAGUAACGGUCAUGCGGGUCACAAGUCAUCAGUGCCAAAAAAAGAACCUAGACCGAGGUCCGAUUAUAACAAGCAUAAAGGCAGCAAGUUAUCAGUGUCAACGCAAGCGGAAUCGUCGUCUUCAUCCGAUGCUUCCAGUAAUAAAGAUGAUGCUUCGUCAACAUCGACAACAACGGCAUCUGGAUCUUCAUCUGGUGGUAACGGUUAUAAGGGUGACUAUUCGUCAGCGACAACACAGUCAAAAUCCGAGUCUUCACUUGCAAGUAACGGUCAUAAGGCUGAUAAGUCAUCAAUGCCAACAAAAGAACCUAGACCGCGGUUCAACAAUAACGGUUAUACGGACAGCAAGUCAUCAAUGUCAAAGCAAGCAGCAUCCAAACUUGUGUCCUCCACUCAUGGUUAUAGUGGCGGAAGGUCAUCAAUGUCACCACAAGCAGAAUAUAGACUUUUAUCUGAUAUUUAUGGCGAUAACGGUGAUGAGUCAUUAUCUUCAGCAGAGACGGAAUCUGGAUCCUACUACAAUUACGGUGAGAACAGUGACGAGUCGUUGACGUCAACAGGAUCAGAAUUAGAAUAUGAUUAUUCUGCUACGAGUACCGGUGAGAACAGUGACGAGUUAUUAUGGUUAGCACAAGCGGAACCCAGACACUCGUUCAAUCGGUACGGUAAUGAAAAAAAAUUGGGAACCUCAUUCAACAGUAACGGUAACAAAGGCAGCGGGUCAUCAACCUCAACAGCAGCAGAAUCUCAAUCUUCAUCUAGCAGUUCAUCUUCGUCGACUAAUUAUGAUGCUUACGGUGACGGUUCCUCAGUGUAUGCAUAAGUAAACUGUGGAUCCCAGUACAAUAAAUGUGAUUGUGCUUUCUGCGGAUAACUGUUCUGUCACAGGCAGAGAUAUUGUUUAGUACAAAAAAUCGUUUCGUGAUCAAGAGUGUUGUUCAGCUUCACAAGACACUUCUUCCUUUCUACUGAUGUCAACUAUACGCUGCCUUGAAUCCAACCGUCCUAGUCCGUUUCAAUUAUUGUAUCAGUUUACACAUGAAUCAAACCAGUAGUGCCAGCUACUACCGGAAACAUUUUUUUUAAACGCCAGACCAGCUUUGCACCCUUUCCACAUUUUUCCGCAAUAUUCUUUUUUCUCUGGUAAGUAAAGUAAGUGCCAGAAGUGUACCGUGUUAGCAAAAAUUUAUUACCUCCGUUUUGCUUACCCCAUAGCUCUUGAUCGACAUAACCUCUAGGUCCAAGAUUGAAAUGUACGUUGUCAGCAAUACUUCUGUCUGUGGCUGUUUCACUCUCAUUACUGAUCCGUACCAACAGUCCGAUAAAUUCAGGCUAUUACUCAACGUUAUUCGUCUACUGAAUUGUCAGCUUUAACAAGUUACAGCGCAUUUCUUAAGAUAUUCGGAAGCAACAAAAGAUUUGAGCAUUGUUAUAUUAUGGCCAAACAAGGAACAACAUUGUGAAAUAUGUCCAGUACUAUGUUCUCAUAUGAUUUUUCCCCCUUACUUAUAAUAUUCUAUCAUAACAACACUUUCGCAGGUUUCACAACUGUUGUAUUAUGACAUCACUGAGUGGACAUUACAAUCUCAUUCGGAGAAAUUUUUUAACCGCUGAAAUGCUGUUACGAUGCGACGGGGCUCACGAUUCUAGAUUUUUUAGAUGGUUUAAAAAAAAUGUAUACAUUACACUCACUCUAUAUUUAUAGCUCAGGGCAAUAAUCUAAUUUUUUAUAAAUCGUAACCUUCACUACCCACGACUAAUUUCAGUACACGCCCAGGUUCGUCGACUUCUCUUUAAAGAAUGAAUAUAAUAGGUGUUUUUUGCACAAAAAUGAGUUCCUUUGCUGUUAUAAUCACAUUCAGCAUUCACAUGCAUCCUUUUAUGUAUUUACCUGAAUAAAUCCACAUUCAUCAAACUAUCUGCUUUCGUUCAUUAUUUUUCGAAUCUCGCUGAUUCGCAUAGUGCACUGAAUUUAAUGAGCAGUAUUGCAGAUUUUUCAAGCUAACGAUUCAAUUACAUCAGUCAAUCGUCUCUAUCGAUAUUUUUCUUCCAGCUGUCGUUCGGUUUGUUACGUCGAACGUGGUCACUCUGAUUAUUAAUGCACAACUGGUAUUGAUUUAUUUGUUAACGUAUAUUUUGUAUCGUUUUCUCGAAAUAAAUGUAUUUCAACUGUUUCGCCUACAA